UUCAGAGGUAGUGCAUCAGCACCCCAGAAGAAGCACAGGAAAGAAAUUAGAUCCAACACGAAUCAUGAACCUCGCCCGUGGAUACACCAACGAGACCGAGCGAGACGAGAGCAGCGGGUACAACCUGAAGGCAGGGGAAGUGAGCUCCGGCACAACCAUCAUUGCAGUCAAGUACAAGGAUGGCGUCGUGCUCGGCGCGGACAGUCGUACGUCGACCGGGACGUACGUAGCAAACCGCGUGUCGGACAAACUCACGAGCAUUCACGACCGCAUCUACUGCUGCCGAUCGGGCAGUGCGGCCGACACGCAGGCCCUCUCCGACUAUGUCCGCUACUUCGUUGCGUCCCACGCGGAUGAGUUGGAAGGGGACGCGUUACCCAAGGUGCACACGGCCGCGAACUUGUUCCGCAAGCUUUGCUACGAGAACAAGGACCGAUUGAUGGCGGGGAUCAUCGUGGCCGGCUACGACAAGGUGAAGGGCGGACAAGUGUACUCGAUUCCGAUCGGUGGGGCGCUGGUGGAACAAGACUUUGCUAUCGGCGGGUCGGGCUCCACGUAUAUCUACGGUUUCAUCGACAGCCAUUGGCGAGCAGGCAUGAGUCGCGAAGAAGCAGAAGCGUUUGUGCAGAAGGCGCUGUCCCACGCGAUGGCCCGCGACGGCAGCUCCGGCGGGGUCAUUCGUACCGUCACGAUCAACGAAGAUGGAUGCCACCGCGGGUUCAUUCCCGGCAACCACUUGCCUUUCAACUUGUAGGCCCCAUGAUCAUGAGGUUGAGAGCACACACCGACCCGCCAUAUCACGGCGAACCCACACGUGAUGUGUAUACCACCGCGCUAACCACCACUAAUGCUAGUAGAUACACAUGUAGUCGUUGUGAUAUUAUUCGUUAUUGCUUAUGUUGUUCGCC